GAGGAGUAAGAGACCAAGGACCUGGUGCGGAACUUUGUUUCUUUUGUAUUAAUUCGAAGUGAAUAACUCCAUUGACCUCCCCUCCUCGACCUUCCUUUAUAACAUGCACUGGCACUCUUCAAAGCCCCACAACCAAAACACACCACAGCUGCAACCUUCAGGUAAUUGACGUCUGCUCUAUCCCAAACCUCUCUCUCGAUCUUGUUUUUGUUCUCAGAGUGAGGUGAGCCGCCAUGAGCCGGAGCAACGGCAACAACAACGGGAGCGGCAGUGGCGGCGCGAGGGGCGCACGGCUGGAGCUGCAGCUGCACCUGUCGCCGCCGCCCGCGGGGAGGAUGGAGGUGGACGGAGGCGGCGGCGACGGCAGCGACUCAUCGUCGCCGAGCUCGUGCGUGUCGUCGGACGGCAGCCCGGGCGGGAAGUCGCCGAUGGUGAUCGGCGCCUGCACGCGGUGCAUGAUGUACUGCAUGGUGGCCAAGAAGGACUUCCCCACCUGCAUCAACUGCAAGCAGCCCUGCCUCGUUGACCUCCUCCACGGCGCCGGCAAGGGCAAGUGAAGGGAGACGAGCGCGCCCCGCCCAGUGGAUGCUCAUACGGAUGGUCAGCUCGGUCGUCGUGCUUGAUGCGCGGAUCUUGAGAAGGUGUGGAGAGUGACCGCCGUUGGAUCAUCCACUGGGCCAGGGUUUAUUCUGCUAAUUAGUAUAGGCUAGUAGUAGCUUACCUUCGUUCCGUUCAUGUCGUUGGUUAUAACUUUAAUAUGUGUGUGAUGGAGAAAUUAUUGUGGCUAAUCUUGGUUAUGUGUUGUGGUCAGUGGUGGAUAUAGAGGAGCUAAGUAGGGAGCUCAUCUAUUUCUCUUCCUCUCUUCUUCUUGCUCUUUCUUUUAUUCUUCCUCUCCCUUGUCCAUGGCAAAUUGGCCGGAUAGAGGGAGGGGAGGCUUCAAGCAGUAGGGGCUGGAGCCCCCCAACCCUCCUGGAUGCUGGAUCUGUCCUGGCUGUGGUAAUGGUUUUAGUUGUAACUUCUAACAAUGCUCUAUUUAAUUGAAGAAAGGAAAUGCAA